CGCUAGUAGAGCUGUUUCCUGUCUGUCCCGGAAGUAGUUAGCAAUCAAGUGCAGUUAGCUGUCUGAUUUAUGUUGUGAUUAAAGGACGCUAAAAAGCAAAAUGUCAGAGCAGACGAUAACAGUGACAGUUGCAUACGGAUCUACUAAGCACAGCAUCACAUUAACUGGCCAGGAGGAUGGCAAGGGCCCCACUGUCAAAGACCUGUCAGAUGCUCUCAAUCAAGCUACUGGAGUUCCACAAACCUCACAGAAACUCAUCUUUAAAGGGAAAUCGCUUAAGGACGUGGAGGAGAGUCUGUCCAGCUAUGGAAUAAAAGAAGGCUGCAAACUCAUGUUGAUUGGAAAGCGGAACAGUCCCGAGGAAGAAGCUGAACUGAAGAAGCUGAAAGACAUUGAGAAAUCUGUGGAACAGACGGCUAAAAAGCUGGAGAAGGUAGACGGGGAGUUGACUGGACUCAAGAAUGGCUUCCUGGCCAAAGAUCUCCAGGCAGAGGCGUUGGGUAAACUAGACCACAGAGUGAAAAUAGCAGCUGAACAGUUCAUGAAGAUCCUGGAGCAGAUCGAUGCCUUGACUCUCCCAGACAAUUUCAAUGACUGCAGAAUGAAGAAAAAGGGACUUGUAAAAACAGUGCAGGAUUUCCUGGCCCAGUGUGACAAGAUCGAGGCUUGUAUAUCAGACCACCUAUCAAAGAUCCAGUCGAAAAAUCUUGCCCUGGCGGACUAGAGCUACAAAGUCUCCCAUAUCAUGUGAUAUACAUUGCUCUGUGAGCAACUGCAAAGUGUACAGACGGUUUCAAGUGUGGAGCAGCUCCUUGUCUAUUUAUUGUUGGUGUGAUGUGUAUGAGAGAGCCCUCAUCACAGAGAACCCUGUGAACAGAAGGAGGCUGGUUAUCGGCGCUGAUGCAUGACAAAUAUGGGAUACGUUCUCUGGGUUAAAGACAGAUAUGAAGUGCUCCUUGAGAUAUUGUAACCACAGUCACUCUGUGAAAGGAUCAGAGGUGCUUUGAAUUGUGGCAAAUUAUGUAGAUCCCCUUAUAGCAUCCAAAACUAGUGCUGAAUAGAACUGCCGCGGCCAAAUGUUUAUCAAAUUGUCCAUGAUGUUGUCAGGAAACUGUUACUAAAAUUCACCAGUUUUCAUCACCUGGUAUCACACAAGCUGUACAAUAACAUAGAGAAAACAUGUAAUUCUCAUUGUAAUGUGCCAACUGGAGUGUUCCAUAUCUCAGUUGGUACACACAUGGCCAAAAGUAUGUGGACACCCAAACAUUAAUAAGCACUAAUCUAUGCGAUGCUAACAGCAUCCACUCAUCAGGGAAGGCUUUUCGAACCUGGUUGCAGGGGUCAUCACUAAGCUCAGGCACUGAUGUUGGGCGAUAAGGCUCACAGUCGGUGUUACAAUUUAUCCCAAAGGUGUUUGAUGGGGUUUAGGUCAUGGCUUCGUGCAGGCCAGUCAAGUUCAUCACCAAACUAGAAAAACCAUUUCUUCAAGGACCUUGAUUUGUGCACAGGAGUAUUUUUAUGUUGUAACAGGAAAGGGUCCUCCAGGGUCCUGAUUCUGAUCAUCUGGUGACACAGUUAUUGUAUGGCAAUGGACUAAGGGGCCAACCCCAAACUGGUGCUGAAUACGUUAGUUGACUGAAAGUCAUGUCAUUGUCAUGUAAAAAUGCGAAACAUUCUCUUGAUUCCAGCUUCUCACUUGCCGCUUUUCUUCACCAUGUGAUAGGAAAUUGAAUAUUUUGGGGUUUUAGACACAAUCAAUUUGACGUCAUCAGGAAAAUGUUAUAAUGACAGCCCUAGUCCACACCACUAAAAAUAACCCAAGAAGUACACAAUGCUGUCCACAUACUUUUGGCCAUGUAGUGUAUUAUUCUUCACUGAGUCAGCACCAAGCCAGCAUCCUUUUGUUAAAUCCAGCGACUGAUCCCAUGUAAUCAUGUAUCUUUGAAAUGAGUGUGAACUGUGGAAUUGGUAUUGCUUUAAACCAUCACUAAGAUGGCACAUAUCUAUUUUGCUCUGUUUUAAAAUAAAACCUUUUUGAAAAAUGAA